CACACACACACACACACACACACACACACAGACACACACACAGAGAGAAAGAAAUUCCCAGUCGGUCGGGAUCUGCUUCACCGGGGGGAAACGCCUUCUCGCCUCGGACCCGUUCUGUUUUAAUUAGCCUCCCGGUGCCGCGGGUAAUUACGGUAACGAGCCGCAAAUGAACCGUAAUGAACCGCAAAAUUCCCUGAGAAAAGCCUCGCGCGAGACGCGGUGCGUGAUUAAUAACCGUCACUCAGGCUUCGGCGGGGCGCGCGAGGAGUUGACACGCAUUACCCUCUGCACGGCGCGAGAGCCCGUAUGUCAGCCCCCUCGCGCCUCCCGCGCUUCCACAAUCAUUUCCCGCCAAUGAUCAGGAGGUGUCCGCAACGGCGCUUCCUCACCUCCUCGCACCCCCGUCAGCCACACGCAGCGCGCGACACACACACACACACACACACACACACACACACACACAUACACGCACACACACCGGGAGGAGCCGUCUACCCUUCCGUCACCCAUACCCGCCCCUGAGGACGGUGCGUCGUUGGCGGCGUCAAUAUUAUUUAUUAUUCCCGUUAGUCUCGGUAUUUAGCGCCGCAGCUGCUCGCGGUGAUCGUUAAAACGGACGCGUCUCGUUGUUUUUGGGCGCGUGUUGUUCUUGUAACGGGGAUUAUUGAGGCGGCAUCAGCGUGCGGUGAUGCUCUCCGUUAAAGGAUCGUGAAACGUCGCGAGUCUAAAGAACCUCCACAGCGGAUGGUUGGGUGUCGACGUAGGUUUGUUUUGCUCUGAUGGCGAACAUGAGCAGUAGUGUGUGCAUGGAGACCCCACACGCUCAUGGCCACACCCACGGCCACACCCACAACUACAACCACACCCCUGGGCGAGACUUUCCUCUGCAGUUCGACUCUUGCGUGAACCCCGUCUUAGACUACAGUGCACAAAUGGAGCGGUAUCGUUCCUUUGCUACCUUCUAUAAAAACAGCACGGCCGCCGCAGCUGCCGCCGCCGCCCCGUUUCCCCAAACUGCCAAAAUCGCCCGCAUAGCCACACCCCUCUUCCCCUCCGCCCGGCUGUCAGCCAUGCCACCGUGGCCCUGCGACAACACCAUGCUGUGGGGGAGAAAACCUGCCGCGGUAAACGGACCUCACCCACAUCGGACUGGUAUGACGCGGGGGGAGUCGGUGAACGUGCACAUGUCCGGCAAACACAUUCCACAAGACUCUGCCCUCCAAAUGAGUGCCGACAACUUUCUUUCCCCGUUGGCUGCGGAGCAGUGUCGCGGUCUGCCCGUAACGGGGGCGGAGUGCAUGAACCGGCUCAAGUGCCCGUCGUCCGUUCCGCCCUCUGGCGCCGGAGAGGCGGAUCGAGGUGGGACCUUUGGAGGGAUGCCACCGCUGGGGGGUCUGUCGCUGCCGCCAGGGGUCAUCGUCAUGACAACGCUUCACUCCGGUGCAGGGUCAUCGGGGGUCACGAUGUCAGACAGCGCGUUUCAGAUCGCCAACGUGGCGGCAGACUGCCAACAGAGCGGCUCGUCCUGCUCCGGCUCUCCCGCCGCUCUUAAUGGAAACGCUAACGGCAGUUGCAGCAGCGGAAGCGGCAGCGGAGCGGCCAAGCGCAAACGUAAGCGAUGCGGAGUGUGCGCCCCCUGCAGGAGGCUCAUUAACUGCGGAGUGUGCAGUUCCUGCCGGAACAGAAAGACGGGUCAUCAGAUCUGCAAGUUCAGGAAAUGUGAGGAACUCAAGAAGAAACCGGGGAGCACGCUGGAGAGGGCACCGUCAGCGGGAGCAGCCGACACCUUCCGCUGGUUCUUCUGAAAAACUCAUCACAGACCACAUGAUAAUAUACAAAACCGGACUCAAAACUAGAAGAACUGCAGGUCAUAACCCUACGAUCCUCCCCGAGAUCUGAUGAUAGCGUUAUCAGGGACUCUUACCUGCCCUGGCUUUCUACCCCUUCCCCUCAGGACUCACUGUGGCACAGAGGUCAUUCAGCACCGGGGUAUCAGGUGUCAUUUACCCCGCCAGAUAGACGUCGAGUCUCUGACGCUCAGAUUGACUUCAACUCAACCGAACAACAACACUGACAGACGUAGAGAAACAGAGACCCAAUUUCAGUCGUAUCAGGACUUUGUCCGUGUCUAAAGGAAGAGUUCACCCAAAAUAUCACUCUCAUGUUUGUCACUCCACAUCAUCUGAAACACAACUAUCCAUAUCAUUUCUAUAUAAAGUGAAUGAGGCCUGAUUUGCCAAAUCAUUUACAUUCAAAAUGGACAAAAAGCCCCAUACACAUUAGUCCAAAUGACUCGUGCGCUAUAUUCAAAGUCUUGUGAAGCCAUAUGAGAGCUUUGUCUGAGGAACUGACCAAAAAAAAUAGAGCCCCCCC